AUGACUUUUUUAAUUGAAAUUCUUUAUAGCAGUAGAAGUAAUUUUAUGAGAAUUAUAGCGUUAUUAUUUCUGAUUUCUCCCUAUAUAAUUAUGAGAAGAACAAAACGGUUUGGCAUACACUCAAAUAGAACUAUAAAAAGAUGCUAUGGAAGAGGAUGCUGUGAACACGAUCUAGCAAGAGUUGUAGAAUGGUCAUGCUCUAGAUAUACUAAUGUUGCUAAUUUUGAAGAAGCUAAGCAGAAUUGAGUUAAGUCUAGCCUUCAUAAACAUUUUUUUGGAAAUACGAUAUACGGGAAAGGAAAAGUUCCAUUCAACAGAGCAACUCAUAGAAAAAGUAAAUAUAGACGCAACAGCAUUGCCAAUAAUGAAGAUAUGAAUAUAGAAAAAGACAUAGAUGAUGCUAAAUUUCUUUGGAGUUUCAGGGAUAUUUAA